CGAACGUCGUAAUAUGAAGUAGGCCUCCUGUUUUUCUCCCCAGCCCGCGCGGAGUCCUCCCGGCCCCCACCGCCCCGUCCACAGCGUUCAAAGUAAAGCACAACACGGAGGCUGGCGCAGAUUAUUCGUGAAGGUGAAGUUUGGCUCACACAUGAGGAUAGAUUUGUUUCUGGAAAUUGGGUCCAAAAUCUCGUUUUGCCUUCAAGGAGACAUUCCACAAAGUUUGGCUGACCACCAUGUUUUGCCUGUGGUCUGGUGCUCUCCCAUAACCCCAAUGACCUUCACAUCCAUUUUGACCACAGAGUCACCUUUGACCCUGAACCCUUUCCACAACCCCUGAGAAAAAAGACCGCGUGCACAAGCUGCAGUUAGGUGGUCUUCCAAAUGUCUACCUCACGCCUAAAGAGAAAGUCACCACAACCACAGCCCUGAUCAGUAGCCACAAUGACAUCAAGCAUAGGGGAUGACUGCAGCAUCUUUGAUGGGUUGAUGGAAGAAGAUGAAAAGGACAAAGCCAAACGUGUUUCCCGUAACAAGUCUGAGAAGAAACGGAGAGACCAGUUCAAUGUCCUCAUUAAGGAGCUCGGCACCAUGUUGCCAGGAAACACCAGGAAGAUGGACAAAUCCACCAUCCUCCAAAAAAGCAUCGACUUCCUCUGUAAACACAAAGAGAUCGCAGCCCAGUCAGAGUCCAGUGAAAUCAGACAGGACUGGAAGCCUCCAUUUCUUAGCAAUGAAGAGUUCACCCAGCUCAUGCUUGAGGCUCUAGAUGGGUUCUUUAUAGCAAUAAUGACUGAUGGGAACAUUCUUUAUGUCUCUGAGAGUGUCACCUCAUUACUAGAACACCUCCCGGCGGACCUGGUGGACCAGAAUCUGUUGAACUUCCUCCCAAUUGGGGAACACUCCGAUGUGUACAAGGCUCUGUCUACACACCCCACUGACUCCGAGAGCCUGAGCUCAGACUACCUGAAGACUAAAAACCACAUGGAGUUCUGCUGUCAUAUGCUGCGAGGGGCCAUCGACCCCAAGGAGCCCCCCAUCUAUGAAUAUGUGAAAUUCAUCGGCAACUUCAAGUCGCUCAACAAUGUUCCCAAUGUUGCGAGGAAUGGUCUUGCCGGGGUAUUACAGCGGUCACUGCAACCUGCCUUUGACGACCAGGUGUGCUUUGUAGCCACUGUUCGGCUGGCCAAGCCUCAGUUUAUCAAGGAGAUGUGUACAGUGGAGGAGCCCAAUGAAGAAUUUACCUCCAGGCACAGUUUAGAAUGGAAAUUCCUCUUCUUAGACCACAGGGCCCCACCAAUUAUUGGCUACCUGCCUUUUGAGGUUCUGGGAACAUCGGGUUAUGAUUAUUACCAUGUGGACGACCUGGAGACGCUCGCCAAGUGUCAUGAACACUUGAUGCAGUACGGCAAAGGGAAGUCAUGCUACUACCGUUUCCUGACUAAAGGUCAACAGUGGAUCUGGCUUCAGACUCACUACUACAUCACCUAUCACCAGUGGAAUUCACGGCCUGAAUUUAUUGUCUGCACACACACAGUAGUCAGCUAUGCAGAGGUGAGGGCGGAGCAGCGCAGAGAGCUCGGAGUCGAAGAGUCUAAGCCGGAGGUCACUGUGGAUAAGAGUCAGGACUCUGGUUCGGAGUCGCAGUUGAACACGUCCAGCCUGAAGGAAGCGCUGGAGCGAUUCAGUCACAGCUGCACGCCCUCAACCUCCUCACGAAGCUCCCGCAAGUCCUCAUCACACGUCUCCGAUAACACAUGCACAUCAACCGCCUCUAAACUACACAUGGACACGGCUACACCACCUCGACAGUCUCUGGCCUCCACCAUGGAGAUAACAUCUCAGCGUCGCUCAUCCAUCAGCAGUCAGUCCAUGAGCUCUCAGACGACAGGCCAGAGUGUAACUCCAGGUUUGAUGGCACAACAACAACAGCAGCAGCAGCAGCAGCAGCAGCAACAACAACAACAACAACAACAACAACAACAACAACAACAGCAGCAGCAGCAGCAGCAACAUUCACAGCAGCUGCAGCCAAAUGUGCAGCCUGUGAUGGAGUUCUCGGCUCAGGUCAACGCCAUGCAACACCUAAAGGAGCAGCUGGAGCAACGGACCAGAGUGAUCCAGGCCAACAUCCAGCGGCAGCAGGAGGAGCUGAGGCAGAUCCAGGAGCAGCUGCAGAGGGUCCAGGGACCAGGCAUACAGAUGCUGCUACAGCAGCAGGGUGGCGUGAUGAACAUGCAGCUCCCCCAGGUGGCGUCGACCCAGCAAGCAACCACAAUGUCCAGUCAGGUCCAGCAAACGGCCAUUAACCCCGCCCAUUCAGGAAGUCAGCAGCUCGCUAUGCAGCAGCAGGCUCCGCCCCCUCAACAAAACCUCCAGCAACAAGCCAACGCCCUCGCACAGCCCCAGCGUCCUCCCCAGCCCCCGCCCCAGGCUCAGCCACCGGCUCAGAGCUCCGUGUCGGCGCCGCUGUACAAUACCAUGAUGAUUUCCCAGCCUGGGCAGCCCAACGUGCUGCAGAUCAGCACCACCCUGCCGCAGAACACCACGCAGCAAGGCACAACUGUGGCUGCCUUCACGCAAGACCGACCGAUUCGGUUCCCCGCAGGGCAGCAGCUGGUGACCAAGCUGGUGACGGCUCCAAUGGCAUGUGGUGCAGUCAUGGUGCCCACCUCAAUGAUCAUGGGACAGGUGGUCACUGCGUACAAUCCCUUUGGGGGACAACAGCAGGGCGGCCAAACCCAGACUUUGACUCUCCAACCAGCUCAGCCGCCUCAGGGUCAGCCUGACAGCCAAAACCAGGCUGUUGUGGCGCACAGCAGCCAGCAGGGGCAGCAGCAGCAACAACAAUUCUUACAGGGCACCCGUCUUCUCCACGGCAACCAGUCCACCCAACUCAUCCUGCAGGCAGCUUUCGCACUCCAGCAACAGGGCGCCUUCACCCAGGCGGCGGCGGCGGCGCAGCAACAGCAGCAGCAGAGGCAACAACAGCAACAGCAACCUCACCACCAGAGGCACCAGCAGCAGCUGAAACCCCAGCCCCAGAAACAGCAGAAAGCCCCGCCCACACACAGGACUGACAGCGCCAGCAGCCAACCACAGUAAAGCCCAGAGGACGAUGCGCUUGUGAGAUAACACGGAGAAUGUCUGUGUGUGUGUGUGUGUGUGUGUGUGUGUGCGGGAGCAGGCGCAUCUGUUUGCUCCUAUGCACAUUUGUUUCACUCGCGAGGUCGCCACCAACUUCCUUUUUUGCCUUUUCUUUUUCCCCUCCUCAUCUUGAAGAAAUGAAUCUUUUUUGUUGUUGUUGUUUGUUUUUUUUAUUUUAAAAAGGAAGGCCGGCGAGUCCCCAUGAAACUCGCCGAGCAUGUUACCACGGCAACAGGAUGGAUUCGGAUCUUGGCUCCACCUCAACAGCGUCACCGUCUCCGGAGAUCGCGUCGUCGGUUAAGCUUCGUCCAAGUGAACUGACCCUGUACAGAUUGCGUUGUAUGAUAAAACCUUGUAAAUAUCCAGUAUACUUAACGAGAACCAGAAAUGUAGUAUUUUAUAUGACUGCAUGGAAAUAACCGUGUAAGCUUUUAUUAGUCACUUUUGCAAAAAAAAAAAAAAAAGACUUUUUACUUUGUUCAGUGAUUUCUGGUUAAAGAUGAAGCAACGAUGUGCUUUGUCCCCCCCCCACCCCCCACCGCCAGCCCCCCAACAAGCCCCAAUCAUCCCCUUAUUGAAAAAUGACAACCAAAAGUCCAGAAUAAGGCUUUAAGAUUUUGUCAGUUUACUCUUUAAAAAACACACAAAAAACAAAACCCUGAAAGUUGUGUGUUUUUACACUGUCUCUGAGACACGCACCCACAAAAUCGCUAUAAAUGCAAUUUAUGUUCAACAACAUAGUGCAGUUAAACUGAAUUGUUUGCAGGAUGAUCACUGUAUGUUUUAAAGGGUUUAGUGAUUCCAAGUGCCAAGAACAGAAUUUUUUUUUGAGCGUACUAUUCAAAGGUGUGUAUAUAUAUAUAUAUAUAUAUAUAUAUUUUUUUUUUUUUUUUUUUUUUUUUCCAACAAGAUAUUACCCAUAAUUAAGCUAAUGUGUGUGUAUAUAGUAGGGAUUAUUUUUUACAAUCAAAGAGCCCUAAACAGUUUAUUCUCCACCCCCUGAAACGUGAGCACUUAAUGUGGUUGUGUACAGUAAAUCACUGUUGAGACCUAGUUAUUUGUAUUCCGUGGUGUGAUUCUGUGAGCUCGUGUGUGUGCGUGUGGUGUUUUUAAUUUUUUUUGGGAAAAUUCGACCUUUGUGUGCAUGAGCGUGUAUGUGCAUCUGUUUGUUGCCCCUUGUGUCUUAACGGUAAUCGACUUAGUAAGGGUUUGAAGUUGCUGGAAGGUACUCGUUUUCUCAGGAAUGUGGAAAGUUUUGCUUCUGCCUCAGUCUGAAAACCAGACCAGGAAGGAUUAGACGGUGAUGCUGCAAAGACCAGAGAAGUCCUAACGUUUAUAUAGUGACUGAAUCCAGUUUAACAUCACUUUAAAAUCAAAAUUGUCUACAGGAAAGUUAAAAAAAGGAAGAAAAAAAAGUUUAUUUUUCUCCUCCUUGUUUUUUAUAAAAGGGUUCUUGAGCUACACUCAAGCAGAAAUAUAGAAAAGAUUGUACUAAUUAACCUUUACUACAAUUAAAGGGGUCAUAUUAUGCAAUAUUCAUUUGAAAAUGUACAAUUUCCAGUUAAAUAUAGUUGGGGAUUGAUGCAAAACAUCCUAAAGUACCAAGUUCUGUGAUUGCGCAUGCAAAUUCUCCUCUUAUAAGCAAGAUUUAG